UCUAUCUAUAUAUAUAUAAAAAAUCUUAACUUAAAGAGUCAACUACCUCUUAAAAUGCAUCCUUACUCCCUACGGCAAAAGUGAGAUCUGGCCAAAACCCUCUCCCCCUGAAAUUGAAUCCCUAUCUACAAGCAGCAUAUCAUUUACAAACACAUUUUAAAUUAUAUCUCUCUCUUAGCUUUCUCUCUCAAUCAAUCAAAACUGCACCUAGCUAGAGAAACAAACAUCCAUCCUCUUUUACAGAUCUCAAAAUAUCUUAUUCUCAUGUCUUCCAACAAGAAAACCUCCUUCAAGAAUAUAUUCUGCGGCGGUUGUGGUUGUGGUAAGCCAAAACUGUCAGACAUAUUCCAACCAGAGCCGAAGCCAAAUUCUAAAACACCAAGUCAUAACAACCACCAGAAGGAGAAGUCCACUACUUGUUUCUACCACUCCUCUUCAAGCUCUUGGGAGAGGGGUGGUACUGCCCACUCCGUCGAUGAUGACGAGCACACUUCCACCACAUUCUCUCUCAACGUUGACGCCACUUCCUCCCCACACUGCUCUGAACAAAAUUCGUCCAAUACGGCCACCGCCCACUGCUCCAAAAUCUCCGACAGCGUUGCCGUCGCCAAGGUCUCUGACCACCCGUAUCACGAUUUCCGCCGUUCGAUGAUUCAAAUGAUCCUAGAGAAAGAAAUCUACUCCAAAGACGACCUCCAAGACCUUCUCAACUGCUUCUUGGAGCUCAAUUCACAUUGCCAUCAUGACAUCAUUGUUCAAGCUUUCACGGACAUCUGUAAUGGGAUCAGCAAUACAAUGUGACGGACCGAUCAUCUAUCUUGCUCUGUGGUGGCACGCGUGAGGCCAUGUGAGAACGCAUUGAAUAGCACGUGGGGAACACAUAUAUACUUGGGAGGCCUCUCUCAGGCUCGCAUUCGAACGCGAGCAAUAAUGGUCCAGGCAGGCAGUGUUGAUGAGAGACGAAGAGUAUUUGAUAUAUGUUUUCUUGUGAGUUGAUUUAGUCUCCAAUUUAUAUUGGACAUUUACUACUAA